UGCCAGGAGCAGCGGCCGCCGCGGCUGCCCCGCGCUCUCGUCCCGCCGGGCCCGCCCCGCGCCCCCCGCAACUCCGCGGCCGCGCCCCAUCCCGGCCCCGCUUCUCCCGCUCGGGGCGCCCCGCGCUGCCCGCGGCCCGGGGCCGCCCUUUGUUCCCCGCGGCGCGCAGCGGAGCCCGGGGCCGGGCCGGGCCGGGCCGGGCAGGGCAGGCGCGGGAGGCGGGUGCCGCUCCGCCGGCGCCGGGCGCGUGGCUCCUUUGUGUGCGGCCGCCCGCGCCCACCUGCCCCGGGAAGAGGCGCCGGGACCGGGACCCCCCGCCCCGCCGCGGGGCGCAGCGCGGCGAGCCCCGAAGGUGGAUCUAUCCGAGCCGCCCGCGGGACGCGGAGGGGCGCGGAGCGGAGCCAGCCGCCAGCAUGGAUGUAAGAUUUUACCCGGCUGCCGCGGGCAGCGCCCUGCCCGGGGACCCCGCCAGCCUGGACUUCGCCCAGUGCCUGGGUUACUACAGCUACGGCAAGUUUGGGAACAAUAACAACUACAUGAACAUGGCGGAGGCGAAUAAUGCGUUUCUUACUGCAAAUGAGCAGACAUUCCAUACUCCAAGCCUUGGUGAUGAAGAGUUUGAGAUUCCACCAAUUACACCCCCUCCUGAGUCAGACCCCACACUGGGAAUGGCAGACAUCUUGUUGCCAUUUCAGGGACUAGGUGAACAGUUGUCUGCACAAGGAAAUGAAUUUACACCCCAGUUUCCUCCACAGAGCUUGGAUCUUCCUUCUAUUACAAUAUCUCGAAAUCUUGUGGAACAAGAUGGUGUAGUUCACACCAAUGGAUUACAUAUGGACCAGAAUCACACACCAGUUUCUCAGUAUCGUCAAGAUCCUUCUUUGAUCAUGAGAUCUAUUGUCCAUAUGACUGAUGCUGCUCGUUCAGGAAUUAUGCCUCCUACUCAGCUGACUACCAUUAACCAGUCUCAGCUAAGUACACAAUUGGGGCUAAAUUUAGGUGGCACUAAUUUGCCCCACACUUCUCCAUCACCUCCUGCCAGUAAAUCAGCAACUCCUUCCCCAUCCAGCUCUAUAAAUGAAGAGGAUGCAGAUGAAUCAAAUAGAGCUGCUGGAGAGAAAAGAGCUGCUCCAGAUUCUGGCAAGAAGCCCAAGACUCCGAAGAAGAAGAAAAAGAAAGAUCCCAACGAGCCACAAAAGCCAGUGUCAGCAUAUGCCCUAUUCUUCAGGGACACACAAGCUGCAAUUAAAGGACAGAACCCUAAUGCUACAUUUGGAGAGGUUUCAAAAAUAGUGGCAUCAAUGUGGGACAGUUUAGGAGAAGAACAAAAACAGGUAUAUAAAAGGAAAACUGAAGCUGCCAAAAAAGAAUACCUGAAGGCACUUGCUGCCUACAGAGCGAGCCUUGUUUCCAAGGCAGCUGCAGAAUCAGCCGAAGCCCAGACAAUUCGUUCCGUUCAGCAGACAUUGGCGUCCACUAACUUGUCUUCCUCCCUUAUUCUGAAUGCUCCUCUUUCUCAGCAUGCAACGGUGUCUGCAUCUCCUCAGACUCUUCAGCAAUCCCUUCCCAGGGCAAUCGCUCCAAAACCUUUAACCAUGAGACUGCCAAUGAAUCAGAUUGUAGCUUCUGUUACUAUUGCACCAAACAUGCCAACAAACAUUGCAGCCCCAUUGAUAAGCUCUAUGGGAACAAAUAUGGUGGCAACACCAUCUUCAUCUCAAGUAAGCCCCUCAAUGCAAACCCAGCAGCAUCAGAUACAACAGCUACAGCAGCAGCAGAUGCAGCAGAUGCAGCAGCAGCAACUACAUCAGCACCAAAUGCAUCAGCAAAUCCAACAGCAAAUGCAACAGCAGCAUUUUCAGCACCACAUGCAGCAACAUUUGCAGCAGCAGCAGCAUCUUCAGCAGCAAAUUAAUCAGCAGCAAAUGCAACAGCAGUUACAACAUAUACAGAUGCAGCAAAUGCAGCAGCAGCAGAUGCAACACAUGCAACACCAGUCCCAGCCUUCUCCUCAGCAGCACUCCCCUGUAGCCUCACAGAUAACUUCUCCCAUCCCUGCCAUUGGGAGCCCUCAGCCAGCCCCUCAGCAGCAUCAGUCACAAAUACAAUCCCAGACACAGACUCAAGUGUUAUCACAGGUCAGUAUUUUCUGAAGAUAAAUGCUCUUGCUACGCUGAUUUGCAUUCAUCAAGGGGGGUGGGGCACACUAUUUGGCUGAAAACUGUAAAUUGUUGAUGGUAGUUAUGCAGGGAUGCAUAACAGAUCAAAUGAUUCUCUAAAGUGUCUAUUAGAUAGGCAAUAAAGAACUACAAUGUAGCUGUGUAUCAUCUUUUAGCUGACUAUAAAUCAUUUUGUUUAAAAAAAAAAAAACAAAAAACAAAACCCACAAAACCUGUGCUCUUUUUCAUGUGAUGCCUUUUUUAAUUUAUUUAAGCUUUACCUACAAUAUGUGAAUCAAAUCGCUUAAUAAAUACCUGGACCUUCUGACUGCAAAAUGGCCCUUCAGAAUUAUAUAAUAGUGAGUAAUUAUAUUGUUCUUUCUCUAAAAGUGAUUAAUGCACUUAAGAUGGUAUGAACUCACAAAGUCCUUGAAGCACAGAUGUAACUACCUGUAAAAUGGUGAUUGGAUUUCAUACAGUCAUAUUUGUAUGACAUAAGUAGUUGAUGGCAUUUUUUGUCAUAAAAAAUCGUAAAUCACAGAUUUUUGCCAAAGCUUUUAAGUUUUUCUUUGAUGUCUUCAGAAAAACAAAUGCAAGUGACUGAACGUAAAUGUUUGACCCAUCUUUUCACUUUGAUUUCUCCAAAUAAACCUACCAUGCUUUGUAACAAAAUAUAUAUUGACACUGUUACCCCUGUUAUGUUAAUUCGUUACAAAACAAAUGUGAAUAUUAUAUUCUGUGUUUAAGUGAUGAGUUUCAGAUUUAAUACACUGUAUUUUUAAAAGGGAAAUGCACUUAAAUAAAACUGUUAUUACAAAAGCUAAGAUUAAAAAAAUGCAAGAGUUUUUAAAAUGCUGUAAUACCAGUAGAAUAUUUAAAAGAAGCUCCACAUCUGAAUAAUCAUUGUAAAUAUUUUCUUUAAAAGUUGUAAGUUUUCAUAUCAUGUGUUGUAAAGUUUUCAUAAAUGAGGCUUUAAUGUAAACACUGGUAACAUGAACUAUUAAUUGCUACAUUGCUUAUUGUGUUUUUAUGCUGUUUUAUACUUUUUUAUGAGUUAUGAUAGCAGCAAUUAAGUUGUUUGUAUUUUGCUUAUCUAAAAUAAAUGCUUUUAUCUUGCUAUAGAAUAAACACAUUUCAGUAAAACUCA